GGCGGUGGCAGGGGUGCAGCUAUGUUUCCCGUUCAGGUUACCAGGGUAUUUCGUCUGCUCGUAGCCGAGAAUUCAGAAACAAAGAAUAGUAGUAGUAGAAAGAAGUGUACGAAGAAACAGUAAAAGAGAAGAAGAACGAGUUUGACAAUGUCGGUGUCAGGAUAUGUAAUUGGUCCACAAAUACCUCAAGGUUUAGCCGUGGUGGUUGAAGGUCUUGCACGGGAAAUCUUACGUAACCAGCCCGCGGAUAUUUACGCGUUCGCGGCUCAUCAUUUCGAAGAAUUGCUGAAAUUAAGAGAAAAAGGACGUCUGGUCGAGAUCGUUCCACAGGUUUCUGCUUUGCUCGAUGAAACGGCAACGGUAAGGAAGUUAACGGCACCGUGUCUGACAAGAAAAUUAGCGAGAAAACAGAGGGAGACAACGAAUGGGUGCGGAUGGUCCAUAAAUCGAACCGUUAAGGUAUUUAAGAAGCAUGGAUAUAAAAGGGACGAUAAAAACAAGGAAGCGGAGAGAAAGAUUUCCGAUGACUAUCCGGAGAUCCGUUCAGCAGGAUUUUCAAAGAAAACGAUUCGCGGUCGAUUUGUUCGAUCGUCCUCGGUCGGAGAUCUGCUUGGAAAACACGUUAGAGCCGAGGUUGGUGAAGCGUCGGAUAACAUUCGCGAUAGGUUUGCCUCGAAGCAACGCGAGUACCAGAAACGCUUGAAACGGCAAAAGAGUGCUGGUCAGAUCGAAAGAAGCGAAGAGUUUGGAAGGACGGAGAAAGAUAACGGGUACGCGAUCGAUCGAGAAAGGAGUAAGUCGGUCGCGAACGAUAGAGGGAAAUGGAACGAGUCCGAUGUGGAGGAGAGAACGCGAUGGUACCGUGCAAGAACCGGAAGCGAAGAGGGCACGUUUGGAAGGUGCCGAAGCGAACGAGAGCAACGAAAAAGCAAGUCGGCUGGUAGUCAACGAAGAGAGAGAAAGAAAUUGGAGGAAAAGUUUCGAGACGCGGAAGAAACGAAAGUGAAAAUAUUAAAGUUGCGCUCCGAAAAGAACCGAGAAGAAUCGAAUGACAAUCGCGUAACAGAAAAAGAAGUAGAAGAAGGUGGAGGUGAAGGUAAAAAUCUAUUAUCGCGAAUCGAUGCUUCGGAGAGUCUGGUUACCCUUCCAUCAGUCGUCACGAGACAAUGUUCUAGCAGAUGUUCAACGAUCGAGAUACAGGAGUCCGACGAACCAGCCGAUCAAAGCAGUUUAGUUCUACCGCCGAUUUCGAACGAUUCCGCGAAACUGCUUAAAAGAGAAAGCAGUUUAACGUUACCGUCUCUAUCGAACGGACGAACUACGAAUACGUCCGUUUCCGGUGAUCGUCGGGAUUCGAACAUUCGCAACGGAGAGGAAAUACGAGUCGCAGACGAUCGCAAAGACGAACACGUAAACGACAUCGUCUCUAGGAAGAAUUCCUGGUUUAAUGAAAAUAAUGAAAAUAAUGAAAAUCAGGAGGAAGACGAGGCGACGAGGGUUUUGAAAGAAAUAGAAAAUAUUGAAUACUCGAAUUCCCGAGAAACAGACGUCGAGGAAGUCUUCAAAGAUAGUUUAAACGUCACCCCCGAUUCGAUUGAAUUAUCUCCGAGGCCAGAUUCGUUGGAACAUCUGCAAGAGGAGGACGCAUCGAAGGUAGUCGAGGGGGAUGAGGAAACAGAUAGGCAGGAAAGGGAGAACGAUGAGGAAGGUGAGAAAGGAGAGAAUCAAGAGCAACAGAAUCAAUCGAACGAACUGAAACAAAAGUUGCUCGAGAUAGAAAUGGUGGAGAAAAGUAUCGAGAACACCCUUUCCUCCGAGACAGCCGUUACUUCUGAUAAUUUACUCGAAAAAGGAUUCUUAAUUGAAUCUCAGGCUGACUCAAAUAGAGAAACGUGCGAAAAUGGUACGCGCGAAAACGAUACGAUUUCCAUAACCGAGACGAGGAAGGAGGAGGAAGAGGAGGAGGAGAAGGAGGUAAACUCGAAGAAAGAAUCGACAGGGGAUGACAAAGACAAUGGUAAGGAUGAUCACGAAAUUGAUACGUGCAAAGGUGAAACUGUAACCGGAAAAAACUCGAAUGCUUCUUCGAAUAUUUCCUCCGCCAAAGGUAUCGAUACCGAUCGGUCAGACGUCUCGGAGCCAGUUCCGGUCCCGCUGUCGCUUUCGCUCUCGGAAAACUCUUUGAUAAAGAUCGACCCUUCUUGUUACAUUCUUACGGAGGGCUCUCCUUGCGAAAUACCGGAAUCGGUAACGACCGUCAUUAUACCGGAGAAAAAUUUUCCAAACGACGAGAUCAUCGAGUUAGCCAGCGAUCCCUGUUUCGAGAGUACAGAUUCACCUUGGAAUCCUGAUGAAGAAAAAUUUCAAUCCGACAAAGAUCCGUUUGGAGAUCGCGUAUGUCCAGAAGCCUUUCAAUGCUCGACGAGUAUCAACGGUGAUUUUCUACUCGGAAUAAAUAAUGCUGUUGAUCGAACCGCUGCUUGCCAAGACCUUGGAAAGAUUAAGGAGGAGGAGGAGGAAAGCGAACGCGAUCACGGUCAACGCGAUGUGUCGUGUGUAAAAUUAUCCGAAGAUGUUACGAGCAGCACUUCCGAUAAUUUAGAAAAGCGUUUCGAAACGAUCGAAGACAAGAACGAUAGCGAUUGUGCCGUCGAGGGGGUGAACGGCGGCGUUAAGAGUGAAAACGAGAAAUGUUUGAAGGAAGACGACGAAAGUAGACCGUACGUACCAGAACUGAAUUUAGAUUCUCUUCGAGAUGUAACGAUCUCUUCUUUCGCAACAUCUGGAUCGAAAGAUGUCGAAGAUCCGUGGAUAAAGGAAAAGAUAAACGAAGAGAAAAACGAGGAUGUUAGUUUCUGCGAAGGAGAAAACACUUUGUCUUCCUUCGAUACUUUGCCCUCGGAAGAGAAAACGAUGCUAGACGAAGGGAUUCUCCCUUCGAAAAACGAACUUCUUCGGGAAGAAAUUUCUGUCGAUCGUAAAAAUGAACAGAUUAACCCUGCCGAUCGAAUGGACAAUUGUACCGAUUCGCGAGAUGAUCUACUCGUUCCCCCGAAACGCGGAGACGAUUCGUCCGACACAGAGGAGGAAAUUGCAAGAGAGUUGAUAAAGAAUUUGAUUUUGGAAAUGCCUAUCGUUCAAGAGAGUACCGGAAUAGAUACCAACGAUUCAUCAGCUUCGCUCGAUAGAAAGCGAGAAGAAACGGACGUCGACGAAGUUAAGAAGGAAGAAACGGAGGGAGAAGAAGAAAGGGAGGAAAACGAGGAUGAAAAGAAUAUUGUUAAAUGUUAUUCGACACCGACAGCGACGAUAGGGACGGCGCUGUGUUUGCCGCAGCAAGGAUUUCAAAGCGGAAGCGGUUUAUGGCACACCGGUGAAUUUCACGAUUCCUUACCGUUACCAAUACUCGAAGCUCCGAACAUCGUUUCUAGUAAGAAUUUUAAGACUGCGAACGUUACACAGAAAACAACGAGGACGACGGAUCCGUGGCUUGCCGUCGAGCCCGAUCGUAUCGGACAUCAGGGAUUCACCGUCGAUCCUGAUACGGGGAUCCGUUUCGUAGCCGAAUCGUCAACACAGCGACCGACUGUUGUUUAUGCGAUCGAAACUAAAUUACCGUUCAUUACUCCCUCUUUUAGUUUCCUACCUUGCCUCGUUCGAGUUGGAUCAGUGGUGGACGAUCCGAGGAACGCGAAUAUCACCCUCGUUUCACCUACAGAAAAUACCCGCGAUCUCGAUAACGAUGAUCUCGUUCGCGAACCAUUGGCGCUCGACGAUGACGAACCAAAGCCAUCGAUCGUUAUAGAAGAAAUUUUAGUUGACGACGAGAAGGAGGAGCAAACAUCUCAUUGUCAAACGCCAAUUGAUGAAAGAAACGAUCGAUCGUCCAUCGACGAUAAUCAACCAUCGAUAAAUUCGUCGGUAAAAUUAAUUGAUCGUGAUGACAUCGCGAAUGGCGGGAGAAAAGAAGAAGAAGAAGAAGAAAAAAGAGAAGAUAAUAACGAAGGUAUUUCGCAUAGCGACUAAAACAGCGACAAAUAGAUCUUACAAGAGCGUCUAUUUGAACAAGGUAUCACUGUGUAUCGUGUGUAAGAAAAGAAAGAAGGAAGAGACGAAGCAGGAUACGGUCGUAGAUAGAUCGUUGUUCGAUCAGUGGGAGAGUUGUCGAAGGAGACGCAUGCGCGAACGAGAGUAACCGAGUAACCAGAGGGUUACGUAUUUUCGAUGAACGAGUUACGCGAUUGCUAUGCGCGCUACUGAACGCACGUUUGUGUUUGCGUUUCCAUUUGCGUUUACGUUUAUAUUUGCGUUUUCCUCUGCGACUGCGUUGGCGUUCACAUUUCGCAUUUCCACUCGGAUUCGCGUUCGCGCACGUUCCAAGUUUGAACGCCAGCUUCCGCGGUACUUUGGUCAGUCUAUCUUUCGUUAUACGAUGCGUUAGGUGUAAGUUUUUUUUUUUUUUUUAAUUACGGAGGAACAAACAUUUUAUCGUUUUGUUAUAAUAUUAUCGUCUCGCUGCACUUGGAAUCACGGUAAAAUGUAUGAAACAUUUGCAAGUUUAGAAUACGUUUAUUCAUUCGUGUGAUUUGUGUUCCGUUUCCGAUCGUUCACCGCUAAGAAAAGCGAACCGUCAUCUUCGAAGAAUGACAUCGAAUCGAUCGGGAUAGCAGCGUCGAAGAAUACCGAGCCGUCCAGUUAAAUGUAUUUUUGAAUUCA